UCUGCUUCACCACCAAAAUUUGCAUUUCUUCAAACUAUUGAUCACUGCAAAUUUCGUCUGAAUUUAAUCUCCCACAUUUAUUAUACACAGGGAAAAAAAAAUGAUGAGAGAGAUAGCUGAGUUUUGCAAAAAUUAACAAUUUAGAAAAAUCCCAUUUUCGAUUCUCGGCAAUGCGACAAUGUCAGUCGUUAGAUUUCUGUAUUAUGCGUUGGUCGCGGCGGCGAUCGGAGGCGGAGCGGCGGAGGCGGUGGUGGCUGGGAGCGCGCCGUACAGAAUCCACACUCUGUUCUCGGUGGAGUGCCAGAAUUACUUCGAUUGGCAGACGGUGGGGCUCAUGCACAGCUUCCGGAAGGCCGGGCAGCCCGGCCCGAUUACCCGGCUGCUGAGCUGCACUGAGCAAGAGAGGGUGAAUUACAAAGGCAUGGACUUGGCUCCCACCUUUGAGGUCCCUUCCAUGAGUUUGCACCCCAAGACUGGUGAUUGGUAUCCGGCGAUCAACAAACCAGUCGGUGUAGCCCACUGGCUUAAACAUAGCAAAGAAGCGGAAAACGUUGAUUGGGUGGUAGUAUUAGAUGCUGAUAUGAUCGUUCGAGGUCCAAUCUUGCCCUGGGAGCUUGGUGCUGAGAAAGGCAGACCAGUGGCUGCAUAUUAUGGGUACUUGAUUGGAUGUGACAAUAUUCUUGCUAAGUUACACACAAAGCAUCCUGAACUCUGUGACAAGGUUGGUGGGCUUCUAGCCUUUCACAUUGAUGAUCUUCGAGUUUUUGCCCCCAUGUGGUUAUCGAAAACUGAAGAAGUACGGGAAGAUAAAGCUCAUUGGUCUACCAAUAUCACUGGUGAUAUAUAUGGAACAGGGUGGAUCAGUGAAAUGUAUGGAUAUUCAUUCGGUGCCGCGGAGGUGGGACUUCGUCACAAGAUAAAUGAUAACUUGAUGAUUUAUCCAGGCUAUGUUCCUAGAGAGGGUGUUGAGCCCAUCCUCAUGCACUAUGGCUUACCUUUUAGUGUCGGGAAUUGGUCGUUCAGUAAAUUAGAACAUCACGAAGACAGUAUUGUGUACGACUGUGGGCGCCUCUUUCCUGAACCUCCUUAUCCUAGAGAGGUGAAAGAAAUGGAAAGGGAUGCAAACAAACGACGGGCUCUAUUUCUUAAUUUAGAAUGCAUAAAUACCAUAAACGAGGGUCUAUUGUUGAACCAUGAAAAACAUGGCUGUAAGAAGCCAAAGUGGUCGAAAUAUUUGAGUUUCUUGAAGAGCAAAACGUUCGCAGAACUAACACAACCAAAAAAACUGACUCGGGAAAGCCUUCAGAUGAUGGAGGAUGUUCACGAACAGAAGCAAGACACUAGUGAACCGGAAAAGCCUCACCCAAAAAUACAUACUAUAUUCUCAACAGAAUGCACUCCUUACUUCGAUUGGCAAACUUUGGGUCUUGUCCAUAGUUUCAACCAGAGCGGCCAGCCAGGGGAAAUCACGAGGCUUCUAAGUUGUACAGACGAGGACUUGAAGCAAUACAAAGGACGCAAUCUAGCUCCCACUCAUUAUGUCCCGUCUAUGAGCCGACAUCCAUUAACAGGAGACUGGUAUCCAGCAAUCAAUAAACCAGCUGCGGUCGUGCAUUGGAUUAACCAUGUAAAGACCGAUGCAGAAUACAUUGUGAUCCUGGAUGCCGACAUGAUAAUGAGAGGACCAAUCACGCCGUGGGAGUUCAAAGCAGCGAAGGGCAGACCAGUUUCAACUCCCUAUGACUACCUUAUUGGCUGUGACAAUGAGCUUGCCAAGGUCCACACUCGCAACCCUCAACUUUGUGACAAGGUCGGAGGUGUGAUCAUAAUGCACAUAGCGGAUCUCAGAAAAUUUGCGCUGCGUUGGUUGCACAAAACGGAGGAAGUCAGAGCUGAUAUGGGCCAUUGGCCGAAAAAGUUCACCGGCGAUAUUUAUGAAGCUGGUUGGAUCAGUGAGAUGUAUGGUUACUCCUUUGCUGCGGCAGAGUUCAAUCUACGGCAUGUCAUAAGCAACGACAUCCUGAUAUACCCGGGAUACGUUCCAGAACGCGGUGUGAGCUACAGAGUAUUUCACUACGGCCUGGAGUUUAGGGUUGGUAACUGGAGCUUCGACAAAGCUAAAUGGCGACAUAUGGACGUUGCUGACAAAUGUUGGGCUACGUUUCCAGACCCUCCGGAUGCAUCAACGCUCGACCAGUCUAACGAGGAUUCGUUGCAGCGCGACUUGCUUAGCAUAGAGUGUGCAAAUUCCUUAAACCAGGCUCUACGUGCUUAUUAUAGAAAGAAAUGCCCCGAUCCCAAUUCCUUGCCCCCUCCAACACGAGAAGCACGUCGUCCUCCUUCCUUUACAAUUACGACUCAGAAGGCGCCAGAUCCUCCUGCCAUGCGCACUUCGGAUCAAGAGACAACCGGGGAGAAGAUUGGGAAUGUCGAGAGAAUUGAUGCCUCGAGGAAGGAUUCGGAGGUGAAUACCAAAACAAAUGAGUUGUCGCCGCCAGCAGAGACGAACCAGGCCCUCACUUCGGUGAGAGUCUGGAUGAUGUGCCUCUGGGCAUUCUCCAUCGCGGGUUUUGUAGUAGUGAUGUAUGUGAUGGUAUGGAGUCGAAGAGGGCAGAGGAAGCGCGGAAAACCAUAUAAGAUCAAGAGACGAAGCUCGUACACGGGGCUGUGGGAUCGGAACGCUGACAUGGCAUAGCGUCCCUUGGUAUAUUGUGAUCGACGACUCAUUGCUUGCUAACGCGCAGAGAAGCCGAGUGGAGCAACGCGCUUGUAUCUGAAGCGUGGCAAAGGACGGGCGUCCAUGGCGGGCUCGUCUCUCCGGUUGCUCGAAGGGUAUGAUUUGUGCUCCAUUGUUACAAUCCAAGUUUUAAUGAUCUUGGAACCACAGUAUACCUGGAGUUUAAUUCUUUGUAGGAAAAAUAUUUAUACAGAAUUAAUAAAAUGUGAAUGUGAGAAACUUUCUUGCUUUC